GAUGUUUAAGUGCCACAUGACGAAGUUUGAACUCUUCACUCAAAUCCAGACAGUAGUGGCAUGUCCGUCUUCCAAUAGCGGGAUUAGGUCUUGGUUUCAGGAGCCAAUCACAGAGUACUUCCUUGUCGCGGCCUGUGCUGCUCGAGCUCCGUGUGUAUUUCUCCGCCUCGGCCUCCCAUGCUCGGCUCCAGCAGGGACGCAUGCAUCGGGGCGAGGAGGGUACGCAGUGGUAGGCACGACUGCGAACCAACCCCACGGGAAUGUAAAAGGUUUGAGCCUCAGAUAUCUCACUAGACGCCGUGUCUGCGAGUCUAAAGGCUGAACAUCACCUCCCUGGUUUCUCAUGGAAGCAGAUGGAUUUGUGAGGAGGCGUCGGAUGACAGCGGAGACCACAGGCAAUGAUCCCGGGGUUGCUGGUGCCUCAGCCGGGGCAGAAGUUCGAUGGUUGGGGGGCAGAUUCCUGGGGGUUUCGGAGAGUAUCGUUGGGAGACUGACACCCAGGAUCGGAGGGGAAACGGAGCUACAGACUGUUGAUUUUACCCGCAAUGCUCAGGACGGACAAACAGAGGAGUGUGAACCGGACUAUGAGGGGCUGCCUCAGGGAGCCUCCACAGGCACCCACAUGUUUGCAGGAGCCGUGGCCGGGAUCAUGGAGCACUGCCUCAUGUUCCCCAUCGACUGUGUCAAGGUAGAAACACAACUUUGAGCUCAUGUUAAGUGCUUUACGGCCUCGUCUCUGCUGUGUUUUGGGGGACGUUUUCUUCUAAGCCCACAUUUCGUUAGCAUUAGCAUGUUUGCUAACGUAAACACGCCGUGGGGACAAGGUCAGUGGGCUCGGUUAACGCGACAUACCCACUAGCUAAGCAUGCUAAUAGAAGUUAGAAGGCUAAUGGUGUUAUGGCAACUAAACAGUUACAUAAUGGGGUCAAUUUAUUAUAAUAAAAUGUCUCCUUUGGUUUUAUGUUAGGCAGCUCUUCGUGGAACUGAACCGGAUAUGAAGAAGUUGGUGAAAUAACUUGACAUUUGGUCACAAGAGGAACUAGUUAUAAGUUUCAACAACAAGACAGACCAUUUCUGUGUUAUUUUAAUCGAAAAAACAUGAAGUUUUAACACAAACAACUUAAACAAUCUCCUUUAAGCAACAUGUACAUGAAUAUAAAACUCAGAAAUGAACUUUAAGGGAUGAAUACACCAUCCAGCUAUACGAUUAUGAGCACCUCUGCAAUCAGAUGUAAUCCUCUGCAACAGAUCAUAAAACCACCUUCCAGGAAGCAGCUAAGUUCUCCUUUUGAACUGCAGUAAUCAUCAGUCUGAUCAGUUAAAAAUGAAACUGUAGAAACUUUGUAAAAGUACAUUUUUAGGUAAAGCUGUUGCAUCAGAUUGGCCUGUGGCUGUGUAAAAAAAUCUAAAAUAAAGGGAUAUUCUGGUGUAGAAUUAAUUUAGGGUCAAACACACCUUAAUAGACACCCCGUCUAGAGAUGAAUGUUGCUUCUCUAGUCAAAUCAACUUUAGUAACGACCGCACGAUAGCAAUACACAGCGGUCUGAGGAGCCAUAAACAAACCUCAACCUAAACACCACUCUAUAGCCACAAAUAAAGCUCAGAACAACACCUAACUUCAUCAACAGGACAUAUAGGGUCCCAGCCAUAGUACUAGCCACCAAACAGGUUGUAACUUUUUCUAAUUUCUUCAGCAAAGAGACUAAACACAACUCACCCUACUCUCUUCCCGCAGCCACUUGUUUGUAGCGAGUCCUUAGUCGAGUCCAUUACGGACUACAGCGGGGUGACUCAGCUCAAGGAAGAACAUUUAUGAUCAUUUCCUUGAAGUAAUAAUCAUCAUAUUAAUCAUUUUUUUCACAGUUGACACGGUAGAUCUUCUACCUUAGUGUCUCGUUCUGAUUACAUUUCCAUGAAGAAAUGAUCAUAAAUGUUCUUCCUUGAGCUGCGUCACCCCGCUGUAGUCCGUAAUGGACUCGACUAAGGUCUCGCUACAAACAAGCGGUUGCUGGAAGAGAGUAGGUGAGUUGUGUUUAGUCUCUUUCCUAAAGAAAUCCGGCAAAGUUAAAAAGAUGUUUGGCGGCUAGUACUAUGGCUGGGACCCUAUAUGUCCUGUUGAUGAAGUUAGGUGCUGUUCUGAGCAUUAUUUGUGGCUAUAGAGUGGUGUAUGAAUGUAUGAAACAGUUUACAGACCACUCUAGUGAAAGUAUAAUUAAACUCAAAACUUUGGGAAUUAGCAGGAAAAACAUAGAGGCUAUGAUGACAAAAACACAUCUAGAGGAAGCUACCAAGUCUUUUUUGAGGGAUCAAACCUCUUUUAUUUCACACCGAGGGAUUUUCCAACAUAUUAUUGAAAUGAAAGAAUAACAAAGCAGACUCUUGGUGAAAGAAUAUCAAAAACAACAGAGGAUUACAGGACUACCUGGAAAGGGAUUUAGCUUCUCUCAUAAGAGGAAUUCUCUCUACCCCCUCUUCACAAACAUCUGUUAAAUUCUUGAAACUAACUCUGUCAGGUAUAACUACGACAAAACAAAACAAUUAAUACGCUCUAGAGUCUAGUUAUGAUUCAGCCGCUACUUUCUUCACACGGUUUAGUAGGUUUAGCAGGCCUUCCUGCUGCUUCUGAAGCCAUAACUAAAUGUUUUCAAAGGUCUCUGAUCACAUGUAAGUCAUGCAACCUAACCGGCUUCAUAUCAUGUGGUCCACUUUGUGAUGUAUUUGUCUGUAUAAUUUUGUUUUUCAAUAGAUUAGGCUUGAUCUGUUGCCUCACGGUCAAUUGUGACUACGCACAAGUGAUCAUUGUGUAGCACAGGGGUCAAAAGAAAGGGCAGUGAGUAUAUCAUAGUCAGCUGUUCCAGUCAGACUGAAGAGCUGUUGGUAUACUACACCGAUGCUUCAACCGUGUCUCUGCCACCUGUAGCCUCACUCUUAGAAAGGCUGUCUUACCUCAGUAAGACAAAUGUUUACAAAGAGCUUUUCAUGUGUGCUACCGGAUCUCUGCAUCUUUUCAAGUAAGGCACAGGAGGUUCUUUGCAGCGUGACUCAGCAAGAUUAAGUCUACUGCAGGAGGAAAUCAAAAGAAAGCUCUUGAUCUUCGAAAAGUUGCAUCAGAGCCAAUCCAUCCAUUUCAUUUAUAUUGCACAUUUUAAAAAACAUUCAGGUUGCCGAAGUGCUGCACAGUAAAAUUUAAAAGAACAAACACUACAGAAAACAUCACGAGGAAAUAAAUGAAAGCAGGUAAAAAAACAUUUAAAAUGAAAUAAAAACACCACAAAAGGACAGAAAAGGACAGAGAUCUCACAACUCUCAUGCUGAGCCAAAAACCAAGGAACAAAAAUGAGUUUUAAGACGUGGUUUAAAAGUAGAGAGAGUGGGGGAUGUUUUGAUCUCGAGUGGGAAUUUAUUCCGCAAUUUGGGAAACACAGCUGAGAAAGCUCGAUCGCGUCCCUAAUGAGUUUUAGGGAUGACAAAUGUGGGGCGGUAUAAACAUUUAAGAGGUCAGAGAUGUACUGUGGUACUGAUCCAGCUAUCUGAUUGGAUAGCUGUUUGGAUAGAGACUCAUGUAGACUUCGAUUGCAAAAAAACCUCCAAGGUGCACACAAAUAAAAGCAGGGCCUUAAGAUGACUCCUCUUUAAAAUCCACAAGCUUAUACAGAGAAAUUGGUUUUGCAUUAAAAUUUCAUUCAUUUUCAACAUGUUCCUGAGAGGUUUCCUGAAACAUCAGAAAAGUCUUACUCCUUGUUUACUGCGACUACCUCGCCUAAGAGAUUGUUGUGUAAUUAUAGUUUAAAGAACAAGCUGCCACUCGACAUUCAUGUCUCCUAAAUCUCACUCAUUUGUGAUGGGUUUAGGAGAGCGUGUUGCAUUCGCAUGUCUGUUUUAGUGUAAACAGAAGAGCGCAGGUGAGUGGAAUUUAACCUGAACUCAGUCAGUCAAAGAAAGAAGCUAAAACAUCUUCAUUUUUUUCCUCUUAGAGUGGUUCAUGUGGUGUUUACAUAAGUACAAAGGUCGGUGCUUUCUAGAUGAGCAAACAUAGUAAAGAUAAACAUAGCAGACCUUUAGCUGUCACAUGCAAGAUAUCCAUGCGUGCUUAUAUAUGGGACAGUGAGUGAAUGAAUGAAUGAGGAAGCCAGCAUCCUGAUAACGGUCUUUCCUCGCUAUAUGCUCCGAACAAUAGGUUGAUGCAAACUUGAUGCAAACACUCACACAACUGUUAGCAAGCCCUCCUUUAAGGUCCUGCAUUCCACAGCUGCAGUAUAGAGUGACAUGAGGCCAUGUUUAUGCUGUACUGUAGCGCUACAUGAACAUAACACAGUGGGGAGUAAAUUUGUACAUUCAGCUGGAAGUUUGGUAUUCAGGGAUUAUGUCUCCGCCUGUUCCUAUGAGACAGAAAGACUCGCCCGGUCCGUCCUCAGAAAACCCAAUGUCAAAUACCAAAUAACAGGUUAUCCAUUGUACAUGUCCUUUAAAUGAUGUUUAUAUAACCCCCCCAUUAAUCCCAGAGAGCAUGUGUGUAUUCACAAGAAGACAGAGGAAGGUGUACUUCAGGGUCAGUGGGAAAACAGGCUUGCAGGAAGUCAGUUUAUGUCCCCUUAUGACCUUGCAGCUUGUAACUCCAUGUUUCCUUCUAUUCAGCUAUGCAUGUACACCCAACACAAUGUUCAACCCUCAUUUCCCUUAUAUGACCCCUAAAUCACAUCAUAGGACUAUUUUUAUUGUCCUGCUCUUCUGUUCUGUGUUGGACGGACAUAUGGUUACCUUUAAAUUAUUCAUCGUGUCCUAUUUUAAUAUCAAGACCUGUUAUAUAACCCUUAAUAUCUGGAGCCAUGGCUGCUGAGAACGGAACAAAGUGUUGACUCUGAUCUUUGUCUCAAUCCACCUUUUCCUCUCAUCCAGACAAGAAUGCAGAGCCUCCAGCCCGACCCUGCAGCCCGCUACAGGAACGUCAUGGAUGCCCUUCGCCGGAUCAUCGCCACAGAGGGAGUCUGGAGGCCGAUGAGAGGGCUGAAUGCAACGGCAGUGGGAGCGGGACCUGCUCAUGCCCUCUAUUUUGCCUGCUAUGAGAAACUCAAAAAGACUCUAAGUGAUGUCAUUCACCCAGGGGCUAACAGUCAUUUGGCUAAUGGUACCAAAAAAGCAUACAUAUACACACACUAACCUUGAAAAAUGUACUCUCAUCAUUUAUUCAUCAUGCCUUUGAGGUCGCUGAGGAAUAGACUGAUUCGUAGACUUCAUUUCUAACCAUAAGGCAGGGCUCGACAGUGCGACUAAAAAUAGAUGUGUGCGAAUUGUAAAAUGUAUUUAGGGGCACAUAAAAAUCAGCUGAGGCAACAAAUGUUUUUUCAUGUAAAUACCGCAGUGAAGUUAGUUUUAGGUUGGAUAUCCGACGGACAUUCACUGCAGGUGUCUUUUCACUCUCCAUAACUGGGAAUAGCAACAGCAGCGCAGUUAAAUCUACUCAGCACUCUCGCUGUCAACGUCAGCUGUUGAGUAAGGGACCAUCAAUAAAUUACCGGUUGAUGUUCUUAGAAAAGGCUGUUUUCCUUCAAUAGCUUCCCACUGAGCAUUUUUGGUCUAAAAGAGGUCUAAUAGACGUCUAAGUGUAGUCUCGACGACUGGUCUGAAAUUAGGCUAACACAGGUCUAAAAAUGAAAGUUUUCUAGAUGUCUAAAUUUAGACCAAGUUCAGACUAAACCUAAAUCUGGGCUAUAACUAUACUACACUAUAUAUUGCUUAACAGCUAUCAUAAUUAUUUUGGUUAAGUACUUGGAGAUUAUUUAUGUAACUCACAGUUUCGUUCUGAAAUAAAUAGUUAUUGAAUAAUGAGUUAAAGUUCCGUCUAAAAAUAUACAGAAUCUAGACGGUUGAAAUUAGGUCUAAAAAAAAAAAAACUAGACGUCUAAUAGCCGUUGUUUGCUCAGUGGGUUCUAUCUCACACGACCAAUUGACCUAAAGUUGAUUUCAAAUAAUAGUACUAAGACCGGACAAUAAGACACACCUCUUUAUUUCCCUAUUUUGUCCUCUAAAAUAUUUAUGAGUUAAAUUUAAAGGCAAAUUUUGAACCUUUCCUUCAAUAGCUUCUAUGUCAUGUGACCAAAAGACCUAAAAUUGAUUUCAAAUAAUAGUAUUUAUGUCGACCAAUAAGACACACAUUAUUUGAUCAAUUUUUCACUGUGCCCCUAAAGUUCUUUGUGUGCUUCUUACUUUUUCAACUCACGAGCACAUGUGCUCCUUGUGAAAAACGUUAGUGUCGAGCCCUGUAAGGCCAAGCAUUGUUAGGCUGCUGACUCAGCCUGAUUGGACUACAAUGCCGACAGGCCCUGACCAGCCCUAAAAAAAAAAAAAAACCUGGCAAGUCAUCAAAACGGACUCGGCCUUUUCACAGCCAGAGUCCAGGGUUGGCUGCCCAUCUGGAAGAGUGAAACAGUUUUAUUUUUCUAAUCAGAGUCGAGUUCUGAUGAGUCAAACUCAGCUGAAAAAAUAGAAACCCAAAGUUUAGUUUUCUCUUAAUGUUGAUUUUUGCCUUUUUCCUUGUUCUCCCCACUCUGUUUCUUCCUUCUUUGCAGUCUAGUGGGAGGCUCGGUAAGUCCUCUUCCUCACAUCUCAUCUGCUCUCUCUCUCUCUCUCUCCCUCUCUCUCUUUCAAGCUUAUGAGUAGGUUUUUAAAGCAGUGACCUGCCUUAUCCACUAGGCGUCUCUCUGUGCUCAGGUUUGCUCUCCUGAAUUCAGUCAGGCAUGGUCUGUAGUUAAGUUGCCCACGCAGUUUGCUGAGUAAGCACUAAUUCUGCUACUAUGAUUUCCUGUUCUGAGCUGAUAUCCUUUAGUAAAGAGGCGGGGAAGGCUGUGGCAUCAUCAAAAAAGGCUCAUAGUGUUGCAAAUGGAGAUGCUUUUUCUGUCUCAUUCUGUGUAUCUGUGCGGCAGUUUCUCCUGUUGUCCUUGUCUAUUCAGAAUUAUAGUCAUGUGUAGUAAUUUCUGAGGUGUGUUUAUUUCAGGUACAGCUGGGUGUGUGGCCACACUGCUUCAUGAUGCAGCCAUGAAUCCAGCCGAAGGUAAGGGCAAGAGUUCACCGUACAAGUACCUCUGAUUUUAAAUCAAAGGCUCGGACUGUGCAGGGUCUCUCCUUUCUCAAAACUCGAGUUGGUCAAACGGACGUUUCGGGGAAGACCCCUACAGGUGCUGUGCUUCUCUCCAUGUUGGCCUUAACCCUGCACCCUUACAUACUGACUUUGACAGCUGCCUCCAGUCCACCUGCCCAAACAUGUCAGCAGAAGGACACUGGUCAGAGUCCUCUUAUGUAGCGGCUGGAUGGGGUGCAGCUGUCAGAGCAGCCUCUAAAAAUAUGACACCAGAUCUUCCUGUGGGUAUUAAAAUGUAUGAAUUUUAUAGCUUCAAUUAUUAAUAAACUUGUAUUUUCCUUUUUUAUCUCUGCUCUUUUCACGCUGACCUCCAUCAAUACAUCCACACAUCUACUCGCAGUUGUGAAGCAGCGCAUGCAGAUGUAUAAUUCACCUUACCGCGGCGUAUUGGACUGUGUACGCGCCGUGUGGCAGAAAGAGGGCCCCGCCGCCUUCUAUCGAAGUUACACCACCCAGCUCACCAUGAACGUGCCCUUCCAGGCGCUCCACUUUAUGACCUACGAGUACCUUCAGGAGCUGCUCAACCCCCAAAGACAGUACAACCCCUCAUCUCACAUGUUGUCCGGAGCUAUGGCCGGAGCCAUCGCGGCUGCGGCCACCACACCUCUGGACGUGUGCAAGACCCUGCUCAACACCCAGGAGUCUCUUGCUCUCGGCUCCCUAUCCUCCAGCCAAGGAGCCCACGGACGCAUCUCAGGGCUGGCCCACGCCUUCCGGACAGUUUACAGGCUGGGCGGCCUGCAGGGCUUCUUCAAGGGAGUCCAAGCGAGGGUCAUCUACCAGAUGCCCUCCACAGCCAUCAGCUGGUCGGUCUAUGAGUUCUUCAAGUACGGACUCACCAAGCGUCAGCACGACAAGAGGAGAGCACAGCACAUGGAGGCUUAGAGAUAUUUCCUCGGUUUCUCCUCCUCUAAUUUCGCUCUGCCCUUCCUGUGGGUAGAAGUUGUUACGCACAUAGAAUAUGACUAAAAUCCACUGCAGCUGUCUCAUCCUUUUCAGACAUAGCAGACAAGAAAGACAUCUUUGUCGUCAGUUUGAGUAGUUUUAUUUCUGCUUCAUCAUUUCGAGACUUAGGCAUGGUUUAAGUUCUGUCCAGAGAACAUUAACGCAGUAUUAUAGAGAGUGAAUCUGGAGUUAAUUUCCAUUCUAGUGACCACUUCUUUUGUCCAAGCUGAGGAAAAAUGUGAAGAACGCACAAGUUUUGGGUUGUUAAGUAGACAGCAGAGGGCAGUAGUGUUACUUAUUGAAGUUCAAGUUUCAUAAGCUUUGCUUGCCUGAACCAGGUCUUCAUUUCAACCCAUUCAAACCUGGAGUCGGUUAAUAACUGUAACCGAGUCCUGAUUCACACCCAUUUUCUGGAUGAAUGAAUCCUCAACAAGACAGAUCAGUUUUUUGUCCAUCUUGGACUACGCCCUGGCAACCAGUCCUCAAUCAAUAACAUCUUUUUUGACCCAUGAUUACUUGAUUUCUGAUUUUGAACAUGUCAGAUACCUUUUAGAAAUAAAAUAAUGUUAACAUGCCAAUUUAAUUAGAGCGAAAAUUAAGACCAACCUGUCAUUUUUGAUGAAAAAUUAAAAUCUAAAGAUUAAGGAUCAGUUUUUGAAAGUUUUGUGGCUGAAGAAUUUGACCAUUUUUUCCCUUUUAUUUUAAGCAUUCAUGUUAAGUAUUGUUAUGUGCAGGACUGAAGGAUUUAGCUCUUUAAUAACAAGGGUAUUUUAAUUCCAGUAAACACAUGACUGAUUUUUACCUCCCUAUCACUGUAUUAAUCUACCCUUUGUCCAUCCAAAUACUCACCAUUAAUGCCUUGUGUACAUGUGUUGUAAAGCAGACCACAGCAGCAUUAAAACAGCCAUCUCUGUGCAUUAGCUGCAGCUAUCAGUCUGUACGAAGCUUGUGAACUAAAAUCUCAGUGUCUGCUUUUGACAGUCAGAGUUGUGUCCAAGGCCCUGUGCCCCCCCCUUUAAAAUGAAUUGAGAAUUUUGAGGACUUCAAUACCCCAAUGCCAGUUAUGUACCUGCCCCUGUUGAGAUCACACAAAUGGAAGCUGUCAUUCUUGCUGAUUGAUGUCUGAUUGUUUCUGACACUGAAUUGCACUCGUUGAAUAAAGACUGAGCAGAGGGCUCAUAAAUGAUGAGAAGA